AACGCAUGCGUUGCAAAGAGUCUGUAAGAGAGCAAUAAUUUCAGGUUGUUUGCUGUCGCAUAUCAGAAACAUUCCAAAAGGAUUGUUUAAUAGUUCUACGAGUCUGUGAUUUUUCAAAGAUUUUUGUAAGCUGGAGUUUUGUUAAAAGUGUGGUGCAUUAACAAAUUGUCAAUUGUGUUAAGUGGUCUUAGAACAUUUUGAUUUUCGGUAUUUAUCGUCAUUAUUGCCGAAAUGGAGUGAUCAUAAGAUUACUCAUAACUGUCAACAUAUGGUUUAGCGAUGAGACCCAGCGAUUCCAUCUGGUUAACAUCAAUCGUAGUGUUCAGCUGCAUCGUCAUCCCCCAAUGCUCAUCGCGGGUUCUGGGUGAACUGCAGCAGCAAGCAUUCCGCAUCACCCCCAACGAUGUGGAAGCCCACCAAGGCGAUGAAGUGGUCCUGCGAUGCGAAAUCGAACGCCUUGCCGGGCGAGUCCAGUGGACCAAGGAUGGUUAUGCGCUUGGUUUUAGCAACGAGAUUCUCGGCUAUCCACGCUUUUCGCUGAAUCAGAACCACAGCACCGGAGUGUUCAACCUGCGGAUCACCAACGCUUCGGUGGAGGAUGCCGCCAGCUAUCAGUGUCAGGUGGGACCCGCCAAGCACAAUCAACCGAUCCGGGCGGGAGCCAAACUGACGGUUUUAGGAUCAUUGAAAGCUCAUCGCAGUGGGCACCACUGGAAUUAAAUUGUCGAAGUUUUACUGGGAAUCGAGCAAAAGAAAAGUGUAUGAAAGUUUUAAAUAAAACCAGUAGGAACAGUGAUUCACUUGA